AGGGGAGUAAGCCUGAGCCAGCCAAAGACUGGAAAUCAGUGCUGAGGAGGAGCAAGGGAAGGAGGCAGGACUGAGGCUGAUCACACACAAAGGCUCCAGAGACAGACAGGGAGAAACCCAGAGGUAGACGCUGGGAUAUGUACACACUCAAGUUAGUGAGAGAGCUGAAUGUCAUAGGAGGGACAGCAGAGUGCUAGGGACCUAAGUGGAAGGAAGACGGAGAGAAUUCUUGGUGGCACAGAGGGGCAGGAGGUGGGCAACCAAGGAGGGCACAGCGAAAAGGCAUGAAAUGCCCGGCUUCUGGAGCACGAUAUGCGGGGGGAAGAAGAAGAAGUAUCAGGAGGAACCUGAAGUGGUGGCUGAACAGGUUCAAUGCACCAAGAGCCACGAGCCUCUCACAACCUUCAAGAAAAUGGCCUUGUCUGAUGACGAAGAUGUGAAAAUCAUGCAUAAUGGCACCCAGCUAUGGAAAAUAAAGCCAGGAUGGCAACAGCAAAGACUUUACCGGCUUGAGUCUGAUGGUAUGACCAUCUGGUACCAGAGCCGGGCGAAAAAGGCUCGCUCCAAGCAGAUCUUCUCCAUCUUACACAUCGAGUCUGUUCGCGAAGGGCGUCAGUCAGAAGGGCUACGAAGAAAUGGCCGCCGCUUCCCAGAGAGUUGCUGCUUCAGUAUUUCCUUUAUGGGGAGGAGAAAAAACCUGGACCUGGCCGCCAGUAGUGAACAAGAAGCCCAAAGUUGGAUCCAUGGGCUGCAGAAACUCAUGGAAAGAGCCAUAGCCAUGAGCCAGCGGGAGAAGUUAGUCCAUUGGAUCCGAGAUUAUCUGCAUCAGGCGGACAGAGACGGAGAUGAGAAGAUGAGUUUUCAAGAAGUGAAGGACAUGCUGAGGAUGAUCAACAUUGAUAUGAAUGACAUCUACGCCUACACACUCUUUAAGAAAUGUGACCGCUCCAACACCGACAGGCUGGAGGACCAUGAAAUCGAAGAGUUCUGUACUCAGCUCAUGUACCGGCCCGAGCUGGAAGAAAUAUUUCACCAGUAUUCCGGUGAGGAUCGGGUCCUCUCUGCAGAGGAGUUACAGGAGUUCCUGCACCACCAGGGGGAAGAAGCCACCUUAGAAAGGGCGCGGGAGAUUAUUCACAAGUAUGAGCUGAAUGAGAAAGCCAAGCAGCAUGACCUGAUGAUGCAGGAGGGCUUCAUGAUGUACCUGCUGUCCACAGAGGGAGACAUCUUUAGUGAAAAACACAGGAAAGUCUAUCAGGAUAUGAAUCAACCCCUAAGCCAUUACUUCAUCUCCAGCUCCCAUAACACCUACCUAACCAACCACCAGCUGGUGGGAACCAGCAGCACCGAAUCCUAUAUCAGGGCGUUUAUGGAUGGCUGCCGCUGUGUAGAGCUUGACUGUUGGGAGGGGACCAAUGGGGAGCCAGUCAUUUACCAUGGACACACAUUCACCUCGAAGAUCCUCUUCAAAGAUGUCAUAGCCACCAUUAAACACUACGCAUUCAAAUAUUCCCCAUAUCCAGUCAUUUUGUCCAUUGAGAAUCACUGUGGGCUGGAGCAGCAAAUGACGAUGGCUCAUCAUCUUCGUACCAUCCUCGGGGACACAUUACUAACCCAACCAUUAGGUGAUUUGGACCCUUCACAGCUCCCAUCCCCCGAGGCAAUGAAGGGGAAGAUCUUGGUGAAAGGCAAGAAGCUGAGUGAGCGUAGAUUAGCAGAGGAUGAAGAAGGAAAGGCUCGGAUGGACACGGCUCAGGAACUUUCUGACUUGGUAAUAUACUGCCAGAGUGUGGAGUAUCGGGAUCAGCCGGGCAGUGUGUGUGAGAUGAGCUCGUUCAGCGAGGACAAAGUGCGCCGACUGAUGAAGGAGUCUGGAAAUCAAUUGGUUCGCUACAAUACCCGGCAGCUUAGUCGUAUUUACCCUGACGCAUUGCGAGCCGGCUCUUCCAACUACAGCCCUCAGGAAAUGUGGAAUGCUGGCUGCCAGCUUGUGGCACUGAAUUUUCAGACCCCGGGGCACAAGAUGGAUCUGAACCAAGGCCGAUUUCAGGACAAUGGUUGGUGUGGAUACGUGCUGAAACCAGAGUUCCUCCGGAGAGAAGAUACAUGCUUUAACCCAGAAGACCUCAGCAGCAAGAUGAAGAUUCUGAAUAUCAAGAUCAUUUCAGCUCAGCAACUUCCAAAACUAAACCAGGAAAAUCCGAAUUCAAUAGUUGAUCCAUUUAUCCGAGUUGAGAUUCACAGUCUGGGGAGGAAGAGGGAGCAGGAGACGACCUACAUCCUCAACAACGGAUUUAACCCCACAUGGAACGAGUCCCUUCGACUGGAAGUCCUCUGCCCAGACCUGGCGCUGGUCAGAUUUGUGGUGGAAGAUUACGACAAGACAUCCAGUAAUGACUUUGUGGGACAGUACACAGUGCCAUUCCUCAGCCUGAAGCAAGGAUACCGCCAUGUCCACAUGCUUUCUAAGGAUGGAGCCUCCUUGUCUCCAGCUACACUGUUUGUACACCUGCACAUCGAAGACCCUUGAGGGUCUGGAUCCAACUCAUAGCCUAGUGGCUAAAGCAAUAACUGUGCUCCAUCUUAGUCCUUAUUGUCGAGAUGUUCUAGAACAAAGUGACCUUCAGAACCCUCAGGGGUCCACAUCCUGGCUUCAGAUCUCCACGUACAAGAUGGUGCCCCUUUCUCUAAGGUGCUGUGCCAGCCAGGUCCUCCCUGUGCCUUAUCCUUAGUGAUGUCACCGGCAUUCCAGAAGCCAUGAUACAGGGUCUUACACAAGCUCUAAAACCAAGCAGGAGGUUUCAAUCAAAUCAGUAUUAUUCUACAAGCCUCGUUUUAAAAGGACGCGUAUUUGAUACACAACGUCAUUAUUUAGCUGUCUAUAAAAAAUUUGACUGAAGUUAAAGUCAGUACAGGAAAUAUUUUGGAAUCAUCCAUUGGGUGCCACUUCUCUGUCCCAGUAGUGGUGAUGUUGCCAUUGAGAAAGGAGUCUUGCUUGCCCCAUUAGGAUUUCAUUUUUUUUUACACCAGAAGGAAAACGCAGAGGUUCUGAUUUGGAGAAUCCACCACUGUCCACCCGAACUUGCUGGACUCCUUUUUUCAAACAAAUCUUGUAUGGUCCAGAUUGAUGUUGGCCGAAUAUGAAGUCUUUGCUAUAUGGCUUCUUAGAAACACUCAGGUCCUUAUUUCUGUUCUGAUACACAGACCUUGCACUAAUGAUAAUCGCAUGCGGAACAGAGGUCAGAUAUACACAGAUCAAUCAUAGCAUUAUGACCACCCACUACGACUCAUCGAGGUAUGGACUCCACUAGACCUCUCAAGCUAUGCUGUGGUGGUAUCUACCACCAAGCCCUCAAUAGCAGAUCCUUUAAGUCCUGUAAGUUGGGAGAUGGAGCCUCCAUGGAUUGGGUAUGUUUUUUCCAACACAUCCUAAAAAUGCUCAAUUGGAUUGUGAUCUGGAGAAUUUGGUGGGCAAGCCAACACCCCUUCUUGAAUUCAUCAGACCAGGCCACCUCCUUCCAUUACUCCACGGUCCAAUUCUGAUGCUCACAUGCCUAUUGUAAGUUCUUGUGGCUGUGGACACGGGUCAGCAUGGG